AUGCCUUGCUUCAAAGGUAUUGCCGUCAGUGUCCAUGCUGAAGGAUCACCACUUCCUGAGUACGGUGUAAUUAAACAAUCAAGAUUCAGUCGUAUUAACACAUUCAUCCCCGUGCCCCAACCAAAGAUUCCCCGCGAUUCGACUACGAACAAGCCUGAAGCCGCCAAAUUUGCUAUCUCAAUUACGUUGUUAACACCAGGUCUUCCAAUUCCUUAUAGCACACCGAAAGCAACUCCCUCGAACCCUUAUCCUCAGCCUCAAACCGUUGCUGGCUUGCCUGGCUUUGGAGAGAAGACAAAUUUCAGUGGUCAAGUCGGGCCCUACAUACCGAUCACCAAGUCAGAAAAUGAAACAAUCGCUGCAUACAUCUAUUUCGAUGGCAGAGCAAAGGAAGAAGUAGCAACGCUUCUACGACCGAGCGAAGAGACAUGGGUAAAUUCUCGAUGGGUGCAGGUUCCCGAUUCUGAAGGAGGGGGAUUGGCUGAACGGGAAUUCUUGUUUCGUGAGGUUGGAUUAGAGCGAUGGUUGAACGGACUUGAUCUCGAUGGACAAGAUGCAGCUGCAAGGAUCGAGAAGCGUCGACAAAAGUUUGAGAAGCGUCGCAGGCGCAGAAAGGAGGAGAAUGGCAGCGACGAUGAGCUCGCAGAUAUGAUGACACCAAGAAAGCGAUCAACAGCACGAGAGGUUUUACGAUAUGGAGCAGAUGAGCAAUCACCCGUCGAAAAAGUUUCAGAUGACGAUAGCUUCAGCUCUGACUCGGACGGCGAUGACGCCCUACCAGAAGCUGCAGGACAAAUCAAAGUUGCUAUGUUUCGAGUACUUGCAUCUGGAGAAAUCAAGCGCGGUGAAUAUUCUCCACAGUUUGAUGCCCAUGAUGACGACGAGGAAGGAGAGAAGGGCAAUGCAGAAGGGGGAGAUGGAGCAGAUGUUGAUCACACCACAAGUUUUGCAAAACCAAAGACUUUGGAUCCAAAAUCUAUUAGCACCCAGACUGUCACUGGCAUAGACGGACCUGACAGACCUUUCGCGGUAUUCACAUUCUUCUAUCGAGGCGAGCGCCAAUUGCAAAAGAUGGGCAUUUUACCAAAUUCGAAGCAGGAAAAGAUAACCAGCAGUGCUACAAAACGACGAUCAAGACAAUUGGACUUUGGAAAUCUGGCUCCUCUGAAAUCUACUGGAACUGUUGGAUUUUCCGCCUUUAGAGAUAACGAUACCUCCACAAAGCGCAGCAAAUCUGGAAAGAAGAGCAAUGGUAACGCUAACUUGAUGGAAGACAGUGAUGAUGAUGACGAUGACGAUAACAGGGGGGUAAAGAUGGAAGAAGUGGAUGAUAAGGAUGACCCACAUAAGACUUUGAGUACAGAAGACGCAAAGUUUCAAGGAGAGUUAGCAGAUGGAGUCGGACGAAUCAAGUUGAAACGCCAACAUUCCGGCGGAAAUUUGAAUACCAACUUGGGCAAAUCUUCUAACUCGGCCAGCAAUACGUCUGGCAAUGCUACUCCUGCUACCAAUGGAGACAACAACAGCUUAACUUUACCAAACAAUGUAUUUGGAGGAAGUCUUACAGGCGACAACUUUGUGGGCAGUCCUAUGAAGAAACACAGAGCGAGCCUUCUCGGUGACGAGUCCUUAGAGAAACGACUAGCAGGAUACUCAAGUGGUCUUGACGUUGUAGCAGCUGCCGAAGCUGCACAGACUCCCCUCCCUGAACCGGCAAUGAAGGAUGUUGAUGAAGAAGAAUUAUGA